GCGGGACAGACGGAGGUCUUUUGCCCCGGCCGAUUGGCAAAGGACUCGGCGUCCUUUGAGCCGAUAGCAAGCGAGGGUAACGUCGUCUGUCUUCGUCUUUCUUUGUCCUCCUUCCGGAGAUCCCGGCGCUAGCAAAUACGGUUGCGCCUCGAUCCCAAAGAUCGGGAGAAGAGAUCUCAGACCAGGCUGCAAGCUCCUGUUGCGGUGUCGGCUUCGCGCAAAGUUCAGAGGAGGCACGCAAGGCCGCCCGGACCGCGGCUAGCAGCAGGCUAGAGAAUGCUGGCUCCAGUGAGGCUGCGCCUGCCCACCUGACCUUUGCCACCAUCAUGCUGUGUCCUUGGCGUGUGAAGCUGAAGCUGCUACUUGCCACUGUGACUCUGGUUUUCCUCAUCUCGUGGCUUUACCUCUUUAUGGAUGGAUGUUCCCUUAUGCUGCCCCCUUGCUUUGGGGAACAGUCAAGUCAGUACCUUGACCGCGAAGCCUUGGCAUCCCAGGUGCGCAAAAUGGAAGAGGAAAACCAACAGCUGAAGCUGCAACUCAGCCACUCUCAGGCACAGGAGGAGACCUUGGGUAGAAUGGACUCCAACCAGCAGGGAUUACAGUUCAUCAAAGAGCAGGAGGGAAGGAACAACUAUACCGGUUGCCUUAAACAGAGGACGGUUCAGAAGUGUGAGCUCCUCCAUGUUGCCAUUGUUUGUGCUGGAUACAAUGCAAGCCGGGAUGUAGUUACCUUGGUGAAAUCCAUCCUCUUCCACAGGAAGAACCCUCUCCACUUCCAUCUCAUCACAGACUCGGUGGCCCGACAGAUACUACAGACGGUCUUCCAGACCUGGAUGGUGCCCUCAGUUCAAGUUAGCUUUUACAAUGCUGAUGACUUGAAGCCAGAUAUUUCCUGGAUCCCUAACAAACAUUACUCUGGAAUCUAUGGAUUGAUGAAGCUGACUCUCACUAAAGCUUUGCCCUCUGACCUUUCCAAGGUCAUCGUCCUUGAUACCGACAUCACAUUUGCUACUGACAUUGCGGAGUUGUGGGCUAUCUUUGGGAAGUUCUCAGAUAAACAGGUGAUUGGAUUAGUGGAAAACCAAAGUGAUUGGUACCUGGGGAAUCUCUGGAAGAACCAUAAACCAUGGCCAGCAUUGGAUCGUGGCUUCAAUACAGGGGUGAUCCUGUUGCUGCUGGAGCGUUUGCGCCACCUUGGCUGGGAGCAGAUGUGGCGGGUGACAGCCGAGCAAGAGCUCAUGAACAUGCUGUCCACCUCACUAGCAGAUCAGGACAUCUUUAACGCCGUGAUAAAACAAAAGCCAGCCCUUGUGUACCGGCUCCCUUGCUUCUGGAAUGUGCAACUCUCUGAUCAUACCCGUUCAGAGCGGUGCUACACAGAGGUGUCUGACCUUAAGGUGAUUCACUGGAACUCUCCCAAGAAGUUGCGAGUCAAAAAUAAGCACGUGGAAUUCUUUCGGAACCUUUAUUUGACCUUCUUAGAGUACGAUGGCAACUUGUUGCGCCGAGAGCUGUUUGGCUGUGCCAGCUUGCCCAGUGGCCAGCUCCAGCAAGCUCUGGAAGAGCUGGAUGAAGACGAUCCUUGCUAUGAUUUUCGGAGGCAAAGCCUUAUUCAGCACCGCGUCCAUCUCUUCUUCCUGCAGUAUGAUUUUUCAGGGUCGGCCGAUGAAAUAGAUGUAACUCUGAUAGCUCAGCUGUCUAUGGACAGGUUGCAGAUGCUGGAGGCAAUAUGUAAACACUGGACAGGCCCCAUUAGUCUGGCUUUGUACAUGUCUGAUGCGGAGGCCCAGCAGUUUCUACGCUAUGCUCAGGCAUCGGAGGUGCUAAGUAACCGUCGGAAUGUUGCCUAUCACAUUGUAUACAAGGAAGGGCAGUUUUACCCAGUCAACUUCUUGCGCAACAUGGCCCUGAAAAAUGCACAGACCUCCCACGUUUUUCUGAUGGACAUUGAUUUUCUGCCUAUGUACGGCCUCUAUGAUUAUCUCAGGUCCUCUAUCAUGCAGCUGGAGCUGCCCUCAAAGAAGGUAGCGCUCAUAGUGCCUGCCUUUGAGACUCUGCAUUACCGCCUCAACUUUCCCAAAUCCAAAGCGGAGCUGCUCACCAUGCUGGACAUGGGCUCCCUCUAUACUUUCAGGUACCACGUGUGGCCCCAGGGCCAUGCUCCAACAGAUUAUGCCAAAUGGCGGACAGCCACAGUGCCGUAUCAAGUGGAAUGGCAACCACAGUUUGAGCCUUACGUUGUAGUAAGGCGCGAUUGUCCCCUCUAUGACCAGCGGUUUGUAGGCUUUGGGUGGAACAAGGUGUCUCACAUCAUGGAGCUUGAUGCUCAGGAGUAUGAGCUGCUUGUCCUGCCCAAUGCCUUCAUGAUCCAUAUGCCUCACGCUCCUAGUUUUGACAUCUCCAAAUUCCGCCAGAGUACUAGCUAUCGGAACUGCCUCCAGACUCUGAGGGAAGAAUUCCAUCAGGACCUGUCCCGCAAGUAUGGUGCAGCAGCACUAAAAUACCUCACUGCGGAGAGAAGUUUAUGAAUGGCAACCAGAAUACCAAAGGAUCGUGUGACCUGCAAAUGGACGAGGCUCAGACUUCUUGGAGAAAGACUCAUCGGAAGCCAGUCCUCGUAGCUAUGGUGACCUAAUGGCACGGCCAUGCCUAGAUUGUGAAUGGAAUUUUAGCCACGGCUAUUGUCCAGGGGUAUAUUUUGUGGCAAAUUCUAUUCUCAGAUUAACUAGGCAAAUUACAUUUGUAUGCAUCUGCCUCUUUUUAGAGAUCGUUCCCAGAUUAAGAGGAAGUCAGAGGAAAAGAGAGGGAAAAUGUGUGGCUUUUGGGCUCUCCCUUUCUCAUGUACACUGUUUUAAUAUAGUGCUUGUGUUCACCUACAUUCAAUGAUGGAAAGGAACAUUUUUGUUCAUAAUUGUAGCAUUUUUUUUCUCUGCUUAUCAAAUAGCAAGGGCUUCCGUCACUCUUUUCUACUGUCUUCUCUUUGCCCAUUGUUCUCUAGCCUUUCUUCUUAGCCUAUUUUAUAAGAGAAGCGGUCCUAAUGACUUAAAUCAGAGCUGAAAGGGGCUGUCCUGUUCAGUGCAGGAGUCCAAAUUAAAGACAGAUGAUUAGUCUUCAGUUGAAUGGAUCCAUGAAGGGAGUUCACCAGGUUUCUGAGCAUUAUAAUUGAUUUGGACUGUCAAGUGACUUUCAGGUGCAAUCUACUUCUAAAACCUGUUGUUAGGUAACACAAGUUAGGAGGGUGCUACUCUGUUCUUUGAUUCUCUUCUGGGUUUUUUUUAUACUAUCAGUUGGCCACUAUGGAAACUGAAUGGGGAACCUAGGUAAACCUGUGAUGAUGUUAUCUAGUUUUGAUAAUGAAACAUUUGCAAGAAAACAAUCAAGCUCAGAGAGCACCAAGGACCCUUCAUAUCAACCUCUGAUUUGAUCUUAUUUCUAGCCUCACCCCCUUUCUCCUGGUUUUGGCAAUUUCCCUGAAAAUCAAAUUUGAAGCAAGACAAUUCAUUUAAUGUUAAUGUUGACCUUUUUCUCUUUUCCUACCUGCCUCUGAAUAUAUUUCAGCCUUUGCAAGAGAAACUGUCCUGUGUUUCUUACUUAUCUGUUUAGUUAUGGCCAUAUUGAUUGAAGAGCUUUUUGUGCUUUAACUGUAUUCUGAAACAAGAACCGUAU